UUCCAUUAUCCAUGGUAUCGCCGUAGCAAUUGGCACUGGCAAAGGACGCGAAUGAAAUGAAAUUGAAGGCGGUAAGAUUCGUUGGUUCGGUUGGGGGUUUAUCCUCUUCCUCCUCCUCCUUCCUCCGACUUCCACCUCGUUUCUUCCUCUUCCCCCACCAACGCCCACGGAGCAUAUCCUCCUCUGCUGCUCUAUCUUCAGUCCCCCGGCUCCGGCUCUCCUCCUCCUCCACCACUUGGCCUCCAACCUCUCACUCUCACUCUCACUCUCACUCCCUGCUGCCGCAACUUCCCCUAUUCCUCAGGCCCCCCAAGUACGCUGCCUCUCUCUCCGACCUCCAGAUAUGGCACGAUUGGGCCAAGUCCCUGGCCGCCUCGGUGGGCUCCACCUUCCUCGACUCUGACAACGGACCCCACUCCUCCCUCCUCUGCAGAGAGCUCGGGUGGCUCCUAGAGGACGCCCUCCCAGAAGGCACCGACCCUUCUUCACUGCUUAGCCAGAUGCGGCUGGGCGCCCCAACAGAUCGAGUUAAGCUCAAGGUCGGCAUCCGGGAUCUCUACAGUCUUUGGAGGCGGAGGAUUGAAGAGAGGAGGCCCUUCCAGUAUAUAGUUGGGUGCGAGCAUUGGAGGGAUUUGGUUCUGUCCGUCCAGGAAGGGGUCUUGAUCCCAAGGCCUGAAACGGAGAUCCUCGUCGAUUUGGUCGCAGAUGCCGUCGUCUCUAAGGUCAACGCACGAUUGAACGACAGAGUGUGGGCUGAUUUGGGGACUGGCAGUGGGGCCAUUGCCAUAGGAAUUGCGAGAGCUCUAGGGAGCGGCGGCUGCCGUAAGGUCAUUGCCACGGAUCUGAGCUCAGUGGCUGCUCAAGUUGCUUCCUUUAACGUGCAGAGAUAUGGAUUGCAGGACAUAAUUGAGGUGAGGGAAGGGUCCUGGUUUGAGCCCCUGAAGGAAUUCCAAGGAAAACUGACGGGUCUUGUGAGCAACCCACCUUACAUACCGAGCAUGAAUAUACCGGGAUUACAGGCUGAAGUCGGGAAACAUGAACCGAGACUUGCACUCGAUGGUGGUGCCGAUGGCCUGGACGAUCUUCUCCAUCUCUGUCAUGGUGCCGCUUCGAUGUUGAGGCCAGGCGGAUACUUUGCUUUCGAGACAAACGGUGAAAGGCAGUGCAAGUUUCUUGUAGAUUACAUGGAGAACGAGCUCAAAGGAAGCUUCUUGGACAUUCAAGUUGUCUCUGAUUUUGCUGGUUUCCAGAGAUUUGUAACCGGGUUCCGGCAAUGAUCUCAAGCAUGGAAUAAGGUUGGAUAACUGGCAGACAAUAAUUAGGUAUUAUUGCCCAUCGAAGUCUGGCCAGUUAUCAUUCCCGUGGGAUGGGUCCUUGUUGUACAAGAUUCGCUUUGACCCACCGUACAUUUGGCUAGAACCUUGGAACAUCUGACCAAAUAACUUGGGAAUUCUCGUUUCCCCUUGUACUGCUUUCAGAACUAAAAACAACAGGAUUUCUUCCGGACUUGAUAA